GGGGAGGGAGACGCAGAGGCAGAGAAGAUGGCGGCGGCGUCUGCACAGGGCGGGAGGAUUGGUGGUGGCGGAGGCGGUAGUGGGGCCGGCGGUGGUCCCAACUGCGGGACAGGCAGUGGCCGCAGCGGCUUGUUGGACAAGUGGAAGAUUGAUGAUAAGCCUGUAAAAAUUGACAAAUGGGAUGGAUCAGCUGUGAAGAAUUCUUUGGAUGAUUCUGCCAAAAAGGUACUUCUGGAAAAGUACAAAUAUGUGGAGAAUUUUGGUCUGAUUGACGGUCGCCUCACCAUCUGUACCAUCUCCUGUUUCUUUGCCAUAGUGGCUUUGAUUUGGGAUUAUAUGCACCCCUUUCCAGAAUCUAAGCCUGUUUUGGCUUUGUGUGUCAUAUCCUAUUUUGUGAUGAUGGGGAUCCUGACCAUUUAUACCUCAUAUAAGGAGAAGAGCAUCUUUCUUGUGGCCCACAGGAAAGAUCCUACAGGAAUGGAUCCUGAUGAUAUUUGGCAACUGUCCUCCAGUCUCAAAAGGUUUGAUGACAAAUACACUCUGAAGUUGACCUUCAUCAGUGGAAGAACAAAGCAGCAGCGAGAGGCCGAGUUCACCAAGUCCAUUGCUAAGUUUUUUGACCACAGCGGGACACUGGUAAUGGAUGCAUAUGAGCCUGAAAUAUCCAGGCUCCAUGACAGUCUUGCCACAGAAAGAAAAAUAAAAUAGCCAGUUCUAAAAGCAGCCAUCUUUGCUGGAUCAUGCUGAAUUUCGGGGUGAGGGAGAAGGAAACAGAACUUAAAAUGGAUAAAGUAAGAUAUGUUAAAAAUGUCCCUGUUUUGUCCUGAAAUUUUAGUCCAUUCUGGAUAAAUAGGAUUUUCUAGUUCAGAUAUGAGAAGUUGUAGCUCUGAUAUCUAGCUUUAGCCUUGGUCUUCUGAUUGUGUUGUUUUGAUUUGCUUUUCUGGAAAAGCAUUUUUGCUAGCAGCCAUACAGACUUCGUCCUUCAUACCUAGCAGUACUUUAUAUUGUAUAGCUUUGUGCCAUGCAGCUUUUGAAGGCUCAGUUUUUGAAACUGUUAACCUGUUGCUGACUUUAUUGUGUUAAUUCCUAUUUCAACAGCUAUUUCCCUUAAUUCAGGAUACAACUUCUUGUGUAUGACAGCUUUCCUUCACACACCAAUUUUGUGGGUGUGUAUAUAUCUGACUUUGGGAGAAUUGGAAAAAAACACAGCUUUUUAAUUUGUUUAAAACAGACCUUCUGCCUGUUACAUUUUGUGCUCUUAACCAAUUAAAGAAGCCAAUGGCAUUUUUAAUUUUAUAUUGUCUAUGUUUUCCACUAGUAUAUCCCUGUUGAUUUGUUUGUGCCCUUUAUUAACUGCCAUUUUCUAAAAUUUUUUUCAAUAAAAGGAAAGAAGAUGUGAAAAAAUGGAGUCAUA